AUGUCGGUGGUUGCAAUGAAUCGUCCCGAUAGGAAGAAUGCUAUCGACCCCUUGGCUGCAAAAGCACUCUGCGAUACAUCUCUAAUCUGUCAAUGGUCCAACUUGUCACCAGCAGAAAUAAGCGCAAGUCCUCGAAGCUUCGAACCGUCAUAUACCUUUGAUAAGGACGUUCCCACCAUGGCCACGCCUAGGGCUAGCCUGUAA